UCCUCGCCAGCCCGGGCGAGCCGAAUCGGCUCUCCCACGUGGGCGAGGCGAGCAAGGAAGAAAAGGCGGGACGUGUCUGCUCAGUGCUCACUGUGCUCUCCAGGUGUUCCUUAACUCGCAGACCACAGGUUCAUUGGAUUGGUCCACUCCGUCCUCCGCAUCUAGGAUUUGGGGGGCCAUCUCUGCACAAUCUCGAUUAGGGCCGGUAGCCCUAACUGAGAGUGUUUUGCAGGUGAUGGAGCCGAAAGCUAUGAUGGAGGGAGUACGAAUGGCGAUGGGCGCCUUGGACUGCCCCAUCUGCAACGAGCCCCUCGUGCCUCCGAUCUACCAGUGUGGCAUGGGGCACUUGAUCUGCAAAUCAUGCCGUAAUCGCAUGACCAAAUGCCCCUCUCCCCUAUGCAGCACAACUGACUUCAUGCGCUGCUUUGGCAUGGAGCGCAUCGCCGGAGCCAUCGAGGUUCCCUGUUGCUUUGCCAAGAACGGAUGCACCGAGAAGAUGGCCUACUUCAACAUGUCAAAGCACGAGAAGGCGUGUCAGCGCGGGCCAUGCUUCUGCCCAGAGCCCGGCUGCGGCUUCACCGCGCCAUCUUUGGCGAUUUGGGGCCAUUUCACCCGCCGCCACAAGUGGCCGUGCACAGUGUUCAGAUACUAUGUGGAGUUCUGCUUGCUCCUCCAGCUGGGUCCGCACGUGCUCCAUGCCCAGGACGGCAGCAGCGUCUUCCUCGUGAACGUGGUGCCAGCGCCAGCGGAACCCCCUGUCCUUGGGCACGCCAUCUCCCUCGUCUGCGUCCAGCCGGAGACCAGCACAGGCUCCAAGAGGUCCAGGUUCGGUUUGUCUUUGAUGUUCUCGUGCUUCACGGGCCACCACCAGCUCUUGACGCUGGAAGACGUGAGGAGCUCGUCGCUGGCUGAUGGGCUGCCAAAGGACGUCGUCUGCUUCGUGCCCAAGGCAUCUGGAGACGACAGUGCCGCCAUACUCAGAAUCACCAUAGAUACGGAACUGGCAUACGAUGAUGAGAAGCUAGAGGACGACGAGGAUAGCGAAGACGAGAGCUACGAGGAAGAAGAUGACGAAUGAAUCUGAUGACCAUUGAUUCGGCUUCGGUCAAUCGGUUGAUGAACGCAUAUAUUCUGAAAUAUAUAUAUGUAUGCUCUAAAACUAAAAUAUCUAGGUUGGAUGCGCCAAUGGAAUGUCUAAGCAAACUAUCAAAAUUUAGAGUACUAAGUUUAGUUUGUAGUGACAUAGCUCUUGUGUGACUAGUGAUCUGACUAACUGUAAUUGUUGGAUAAGUGGUUUAUAAACUCUUAAUUAGAGC